UGGCGCCAGCCCGGCGGCCACCAACCAGCAGGGCGAAACGCCUCUGGAGUACCUCAUGGCCUACCGUGCCAACCUGGAUGUCAGGCUAACGCCGGAUGAACUGGCGGACAUCAGACAGCUGGAGGACGAGAUGAAGGAAGCUCUGAGAAAGGCGGGUCAACCGGUGCCGACCUCUCCCAGCCGCCGCCUGCAGAGCUCGCCGUCGGUGCGCACGUCCGGCACCUCCGGCCCAACCGACGACCCCGCAUCCCCGGGCAGCCCUGCAGCAGUGGUGGUCUCGGACGGGGAGGAGAAGGAGGAGGACCCGACGGUCGCCUACCGGCGCGCCAUCCGCGGUGUCGGACGCUCGGCCGUCACCGCUCCCUCACCAGGCCGGCGCGGCGGCCGGCGCUCGAGGCCCACCGGGCCGCGCGCCAGCCUGGUGGACGAGGCUGCCUACCAGUGGCUGGAGGAGGACGUGGUGAUCGAGGAGCCGACCAGCGACGACGCUGCCGACGUGCCGCCGGCGCCGCGGCCGCCACGGCCGCCGCGAAAACGGAGGCGCUCCCGACAGAGCCAGCUAACGCCACUGGUUAUGCGCAGCCAGCGGCCGGCCGAGACCGGUCCCUCGCCGGACCGCUCGCCGUCCGGCAGUCCGUCGCCGACCCUGCCCUCCAAGGUGCACCGCACUGGCGGCGCCGGCGACAAGGGGUGGCCGACGCCCAGCGUGCGUGUAAUCGUGGAGGUGGAGCGGGACCGUCUGCUGGUGCCCUUGCCGGCGCCGGUCGGCGACGAGCCGCCGCCCACCGUCGCCUGGCUCGCCCGGCAGGCCGCCGACAGAUACUACAGGCAGUUUCUGCUGCGUCCCUCUCUGGAGCUGCUGAAGGACGGCGCUCUGCUCACGCUGGACGACGCCGUCAGCGGACUGGUCCGCGGCCAGGAUGACGUCAUCAGCAGCCGCGUCAUCAGCUGGGAGCGGCCGCCGCUGACCGAGCGCUACAGUGCGGCCUGCGGGCUGCUGAACGCACGCGCCAUCGGGACUGUGGCAUCUCGCCUCGCCCUCUGCCAGGGCUCUGGCCGUCUGGACUUGGCUGACGUCCGCCUGACGCCGGCGAGGCUGCGGCCUGUUCUACGCGCCACCCAGCGCUACAACUGUAUCACGCAGCUCGACCUCGCCGGCAAUCCGCUCGGCGAUGAGGGCGUGCAGGAACUCAGCUCAGCUCUGCCCCACCUGACCGGUCUCGACACUCUUGACCUGACCUGUGUCAAGAUGACGUCAGCCGGCCUCGGUCACGUAGCGGCCGCGGUCGGCGAGGCCGCUGCUCUUCAGGCCUGCAAGACCCUGCGUCUUGGCUACAACUUGCUGGCGGACAGCUCGUCUGGGGCCCACCUGGCCACGCUGCUGGCCGGCCUGACCCGACUGACCUGCCUCGACCUGACCUCGUGUCAGCUGACCGAGCACCACCUGUCGGCCCACCAGGACACGUUGGCGCUCGCCCUGGCUGGGAGCAGCCUGUCGGAGCUGCGGCUGUCGCACAACGCCGUGUCGCCGGCCGGCGGCGAGCUGCUGUUGCCGCGUUCACGCACACGCCCCACCUAG